AUGGACAGGAACUACCCCAGCGCCGGCUUCGGGGACCCGCUCGGCGCCGGGGCGGGAUGGAGUUACGAGAGGUCAGCGAAAGCUAGCUUGGUCUACGGCAGCUCCCGGACCUCGCACCCAGAAACCGACAUCUUGCACCGCCAGGCCUACGCGGCCCCCCACCCGCUGCAGAGCUAUGCCACCAACCACCACCCGGCAGGCCUCUCUGGACUUUUCGACACUGGCCUCCACCACGCGGGCUCAGCAGGGCCCGACGCCUCCGUCAUGAACCUCAUCUCCGCCCUGGAGUCCCGGGGCCCCCAGCCUGGCCCCUCUGCUUCCUCUCUCCUCUCCCAGUUCCGCAGUCCUUCCUGGCAAACAGCCAUGCACACACCAGGUCCCACGGAGCUCUUCAUCUCUGGCGCCCUCCCCGGUUCCAGCACCUUUCCGUCUUCCUCUGCCCUGUCCGCCUACCAGCACCCGGCUUCCUUCGGCAGCCGCCCCUUCCCGGUGCCCUCAUCCCUCAGUCUCCAAGAUCCCCCCUUCAGCCCUCCUGCUAAUGGGCUCCUUUCCCCCCACGAUGUGCUCCAUCUGAAGCCCUCGCAGGCACCUGCAGUACCCUCCUCGUUGGGGUUUGAGCGCCUGGCAGGGGGUGGUGUCCUGGGGCCCGCUGGCCUUGGCCCUGCUCAGACCCCUCCUUACCGUCCUGGUCCCCCAGAUCCACCCCCGCCUCCCCGCCACCUCCCGACUCAGUUCAAUCUGCUGGCCUCCUCUUCUGCUGCUGCGGCCGCUGCAGAGCCUUCCUCCCCUCAGCUCUACAACUUCUCGGGUGCCGCCCCAGGUCCGCCACCCGAGCGGGCCCUGCCCCGACAGGACACGGUCAUCAAACACUACCAGCGGCCAGCCAGUGCCCAGCCCCCACCGCCCCCCCCACCUGCCCAUACCCUGCAGCACUAUCUAAGCUGUGGAGGCAGCUACCCCUCCAUGGGCCACCGGGCUAGCUUGGCUUGCAGCCCUCUGGGUGGUGGGGAACCCUCUCCAGGUGCUGGAGAACCUAGCAAGGCUGGACCCAGCGGAGCCACAGCUGGGGCAGCUGGCCGGGCCACGGGCCCAGAGACAGCUGGAGGAGGUGGGGCUGGGGGGGGUGGUGGAUACCGCCCCAUCAUCCAGUCUCCUGGUUACAAGACCAGCAAGGGCGGUUAUGGACCAGCUGCAGGGGGUGGUACCAGACCCCCACCACCUCGCUCUACUGCCACGCCCAAGUGUCAGAGCCUGGGUGGGCCAGCGGCAGCUUAUGCCGCUGGAAAAGCCUCUGGGGCUGGAGGGGCUGGGGGCCAGGCAUAUUCCCCUGGUCAGCCCCAAGGGCUGCUGGGACCUCAGGCCUAUGGGCAGGGGUUUGGAGGGGGUCAAGCACAGGACUUAAGCAAAGGCCCUAGCUAUUCCGGGGGUCCCCCACAACCCCCCAGCGGCCCCCCACCUCCUGGCCUGUCCACUUGUCAGAGUUACUCUCCAGACCAGCUCCAAGGGCAGCUCUAUGGGGUACAAGGUGAACCUUACCCAGGGCCAGCUGCCCAUUCCCAGGGGCUUCCCACAGCCAGCCCCUCCCUCAGCUACAGCACUGGGCAUUCCCCGGCACUCUCUGGCCACGGAGGUGGCUGGGGACCCAGUUCCCUGGGAGGAGGUGGGGAGGCUAGCCCAUCUCAUAUCAUCCGUCCGCUCCAGUCACCACCUGCUACUGGUCGCCCUCCUGGCGUUGGCUCUCCUGGCGCCCCUGGCAAAUACUUAAGCUCAGUCUUAGCUUCAGCUCCAUUCCUGGCACCCCCCGGAGCGGGCAGCUAUGCAGCUGGAGCAGGUGGCUAUAAGGGAAAAGGAGAUGGCUCGGACCUACUGGCCGGCCCUGGUGCAGCUACCUCUGAGCGCACGGAAGAUGAGGAGUUCCUGAUUCAGCACCUGCUGCAGGCACCCAGCCCACCUCGGACCUCAGGGGCAGACGGCUUGGUGGGCGAGGAUGGGCCGACCGAUGCCUCCAAGGGACUUGGAGGUAGUGGCGGGGCUGGAGGACCACCAGGUACACCGUAUGAGUUGGCCAAGGAAGACCCCCAAAGGUACCACCUGCAGAGUGUCAUCCGGACCAGUGCCAGCCUGGAUGAGGGUGCCACAGCCGCGCUGGAACUGGGCCUGGGGAGGGUAAAGGAGAAGAAGAAAGGGCCGGAGCGGGGUGGUGAGACCCCCGAGGGUCUUGCUACCUCGGUUGUCCACUAUGGAGCAGGUGCCAAGGAAUUGGGCGCUUUCUUACAGAAGAGCCCCCCACCACCCCCACCCCCCAUGCCCCUGCAACUUGAGGCCCACCUUCGCAGCCAUGGCCUGGAGCCCUCAGCCCCAAGUCCUCGCCUAAGACCUGAGGAGAGCCUGGAGCCUCCCGGGGCCAUGCAAGAACUACUUGGGGCUCUGGAGCCAUUGCCACCAGGGCCUGGGGACACUGGUGUGGGCCCGCCUAACUCAGAUGGCAAGGAUCCCACUGGUGCCUACCGGAGCCCCAGCCCACAAGGGACCAAGGCACCACGGUUCGUGCCUCUCACAUCAAUCUGCUUCCCUGACUCCUUGCUCCAGGAUGAGGAGCGGAGCUUCUUUCCCACCAUGGAGGAGAUGUUUGGUGGGGGUGCAGCCGAUGACUAUGGCAAGGCUGGGCAGACUGAAGAUGACGGAGACCCUAAGACAGGUGCCGGCCCACCUCCGGGUCCCCCUGCUUAUGAUCCCUAUGGGCCCUACUGUGCAGGCCGGGCAUCUGGAGCUGGACCAGAGACUCCAGGUCUGGGUCUGGACCCCAGCAAACCCCCCGAGCUUCCCUCCACGGUCAACGCAGAGCCACUGGGCCUGAUCCAGAGUGGGCCACACCAGGCAGCACCACCGCCUCCACCACCUCCACCGCCACCUGUUUCUGAACCCAAGGGUGGCCUCACCUCACCUAUCUUCUGCUCAACCAAGCCAAAGAAGCUGUUAAAGACAUCCUCCUUCCACCUGCUCCGGCGCCGAGACCCCCCCUUCCAGACACCCAAGAAGCUGUACGCCCAGGAGUAUGAGUUUGAGGCCGAUGAGGACAAAGCAGACGUUCCCGCAGACAUCCGUCUAAACCCCCGGCGCCUGCCCGAUCUGGUGUCCAGCUGCCGGUCCCGGCCGGCCCUCUCUCCGCUGGGUGAUAUAGACUUCUGUCCGCCCAACCCUGGUCCAGAUGGCCCUCGGCGUCGUGGCCGAAAGCCCACUAAGGCAAAGCGCGAUGGUCCUCCCCGGCCUCGGGGGAGGCCACGGAUUCGUCCACUGGAGGGUCCAGCCACCUCAGGGCCAGCCUCAGCCUCGAUGACCACAGAUGGGGCCAAGAAACCUCGGGGCCGGGGUCGGGGCCGAGGCAGGAAACCUGAGGAAAUGGGAGGCACCCGGUUGGAGCCCCUAAAGCCACUUAAGAUCAAGUUGUCUGUGCCCAAGGCUGGUGAGGGCCUAGGAGCUCCGUCCAAUGACGCCAUCUCCGGCACUGAUCACAACAGCCUGGAUUCCAGCCUUACCCGGGAGAAGAUGGAGGCAAAGAUCAAGGAGGUGGAGGAGAAGCAGCCAGAGAUGAAGUCGGGCUUUAUGGCCUCCUUUCUGGACUUCCUAAAGUCGGGCAAGCGGCACCCACCACUCUACCAAGCUGGCCUGACACCCCCACUCAGCCCGCCUAAGAGUGCGCCAGCAUCAGUGCCCACCCGAGGCCUGCAGCCCCCACCGCCUGCUGCUCCCACUGUGCCACAUCCCACGCCCUCUGGCCCUUUCGGCUUGGGGGGUGCUCUGGAAGCCGCAGAGAGUGAGGGGCUGGGGCUGGGCUGUCCUUCACCCUGCAAGCGGCUGGAUGAGGAGUUGAAACGUAACUUGGAGACGUUACCCUCUUUCUCCUCGGAUGAAGAAGAUUCCGUGGCCAAGAAUCGUGACCUACAAGAAAGCAUCUCCUCAGCCAUCUCUGCCCUAGAUGAUCCACCCCUUGCGGGGCCUAAGGACACUUCUACAUCUGAGGAGCCACCUUUGGACCCUGAACCUACCGUCCCAGGUCCGCCCCCUCUCCCAAGUCUGCCCAACACCAAUAGCAGUGGCACUCCUGAGCCCCCGUUGCUGGAGGAAAAGCCUCCACCCACCCCGCCUCCUGCCCCAACACCUCAGCCUCCUCCUCCUCCACCACCACCACCACCACCACCACCACCACCUCCAGCCCUGCCAUCACCUCCUCCACUGGUGACCCCUGUGGCGAGCUCGCCUCCUCCACCGCAGCCACCACCCCCACCAGCACUGCCCUCGCCACCCCCGCCACCACCGGCAGCUGUUGCACCAGCUGCCCCUUCCGAGGAACCCGCUGCCCCAUCCCCAGAGGACCCUGAACCCCCAGACGCUCGGCCUCUACACCUGGCCAAGAAGCAGGAGACUGCAGCCGUAUGCGGGGAGACAGAUGAGGAGGCCGGUGAGAGCGGUGGUGAGGGCAUCUUCCGAGAGCGGGACGAAUUUGUCAUCCGUGCUGAGGACAUCCCCUCCCUCAAGCUGGCGCUGCAGACCGGUCGGGAACCUCCGCCCAUCUGGCGCGUCCAGAAGGCCCUCUUGCAGAAGUUCACUCCAGAGAUCAAGGAUGGCCAGAGACAGUUUUGUGCCACCAGUAAUUAUCUGGGCUACUUUGGGGAUGCAAAAAACCGGUACCAGCGCCUUUAUGUGAAGUUCUUGGAGAAUGUCAACAAGAAGGAUUACGUGAGGGUGUGCGCCCGGAAACCCUGGCACCGGCCCCCAGUGCCAGUCAGAAGGUCAGGGCAGGCCAAGGGCCCCUCCUCAGCCGGGGGCAGUUCUGCGCCUCCACCCAAGGCCCCAGCCCCACCCCCCAAGCCUGAGACCCCUGAGAAAGUCACAUCAGAGAAGCCCCCAGAGUCAACACCCGAGCCGGCUGUGCCCGAGCCCCCUACCCCAGAGAAGCCACCUCCAUCCCGACCUGUGGAGAAGGAGAAGGAGAGGGAGAGGGUGACCCGUGGUGGUGAGCGGCCCUUGCGGAGUGAGCGGGCUGCCAGCGGCCGGCAAAUGAGGCCUGAUCGGGGCCUGACCACAGGACAGUCUGCCACCUCCCGGGUGCCCAAAACCAGGCCCUCAAAGGUGAAGGCCGAGCCGCCCCCAAAGAAGAGGAAGAAGUGGCUGAAGGAGGCGGUGGGCAGUGCCUCGGCAGGGGGCGGCGCGGGGGGCAGCUCCUCGGACUCGGACUCCUCCCCUGGUGCUCCCAGUGAGGAUGAGCGGGCAGUCCCUGGAAGACUGCUGAAGACUCGGGCCAUGCGGGAAAUGUACCGGAGCUACGUGGAGAUGCUGGUGAGCACAGCCCUGGACCCAGACAUGAUCCAGGCCCUGGAGGACACGCACGAUGAGUUGUACCUCCCCCCCAUGCGGAAGAUCGACGGCCUCCUCAAUGAGCACAAGAAAAAGGUCCUGAAACGGCUGUCGCUGAGCCCAGCCCUGCAGGAUGCCCUGCACACCUUCCCACAGCUGCAGGUGGAGCAGACCGGGGAGGGCUCCCCUGAAGAGGGGGCCGUGCGGCUGCGGCCUGCUGGGGAGCCCUACAACCGCAAGACGCUCAGCAAGCUGAAGAGGAACGUUGUGCGAGCCCAGGAGUUCAAAGUGGAGCUGGAGAAGUCGGGGUACUACACCCUUUACCACUCUCUACACCACUACAAGUACCACACCUUUCUGCGCUGCCGUGACCAGACCCUGGCCAUCGAGGGCGGUGCUGAGGACCUGGGCCAGGAGGAGGUGGUCCAGCAGUGCAUGCGUAACCAGCCGUGGCUAGAGCAGCUCUUUGACUCGUUCAGUGACCUACUGGCCCAAGCACAGGCCCAUAGCCGCUGCGGGUGAUCUCACCCCACCUGGCGAGGCCUUCAUGAACCGAACUGAGAACUGGGACAGAGCUGUGUCCUCAGGAGCUGAUCCCUGGGCUCCUUAGCUGCCAGGAGGGAAGGGGUAGUCCUUGGCCAGGGUGUGUCCAUACAGCUCCCCCCCCCCACCCGGGGCAGGGUUCAGCAGUUGACUACCCCCACUCCCAAGCCCUCUCUACCCCCUCAUGCCUCCCCCUGUUCGGUGUACAGAGAAAUUAUUUAUAUAUAUGUAUAAAUGUCUAUUUAGUAACACUUUCCCUGUCCCCUGGCCCAGCUCCCCUCCCCCUCCACAGCCAUCACCCCUGCCCCUCCACCAUGUACAUAAUGUAUAGGAAAGUUCUAUGUAUGGUUGAGGGAGGUGAGGUGGCUUGGGAGAGCUGGGGGACUCCCCCUCCCCUCUCAAGCUCCCCUCUCCAGGCCAACAUCUUUGCUAAAGGCCACUCCCCAGGGCAUUUGGUGUUGGGGUGGGGAGGGGCAAAACACAUCUUGUUAAUUAUUUUUAAUCUUAUUUAUUGUACAUACCUGGGGCAGGGGGUGGGGUGGCUGGGGAGGGGGAGGGGGAAAGGGCUCCCCUUGCUCUGCCCCCCUGUUCUUUUUCUACAGCAAUCUGUCUAUGUCUCCCCGAACCUCGGCCCCCCUUCCCUUCUCAAUGUGGUUCUAUUUUUUAAUCAAUCCCCCCUUUCCAGGUCCUCGCCCCCUCUCUGCCCUGUUCCCUCCUUCUCCUGACCCAUCGUCUCUUGCUCUUUCCUGGGCGCUGUACAACUCACCUUGUAUACACUGUGUACACACAACCAGCCAAACGAAACCCAACAGCAACACUU